CUGCACUACGGGAGCCUCCUGAGCAGCAGAGCUUGUGCCCAGAUGGCAGCAGCUGCCUGGGGCAGUGGCUUUCUUAAUGCUGUCCUGCACACGGCCAACACAUUUUCCCUGCCCCUCUGCCACGGCAAUGCUGUGGACCAGUUCUUCUGUGAAAUCCCCCACAUCCUCAAGCUCUCCUGCUCAAAGUCAUUCCUCAGGGAGGUUGGGCUUAUUGUAGUUAGUGUUUCUCUAGUCUUUCUUAGUUUUGUUUUCAUUGUGCUGUCCUAUGUGCAGAUCUUCAGGGCAGUGCUGAGGAUUCCCUCUGAGCAGGGCCGGCACAAAGCCUUUUCCACGUGCCUCCCUCACUUGGCCGUGGUCUCCCUGUUUCUCAGUACUGGCAUGUUUGCCUACCUAAAGCCCCCCUCCAUCUCCUCUCAGUCCCUGGAUCUGGUGGUGGCUGUUGUGUAUGCAGUCUUUCCUGCAGCUCUGAACCCCCUCAUCUACAGCAUGAGGAACCGGCAGCUCAAGGAUGCUUUGUGGAAACUCUUUGGAUGCAUGCUUCUUCAUCACUAA